AUGACAGAUAAUAAUACUGAAGCAAAGGGAUCUUUUUUAUAAAGUGCAGUAAAUAAAAGUUAAAACUAAAAGGAGCAGAUAAUUAUUUCUUCAGUAGAAAUAAAGCCUCCAGUAGUAAUUUUUGCAGACAUGAAUACAGAAAUGAAAGAAUUUGCAUUUGAAAAAGCUGAAUUAGCAAUUAAAUUGGUAUAUAAAGGAGAUUUGAAAUAUUAUAAAGAUGUAGCAUAAAGUCUAAAGGAAUAAUUUGAUGAAAAAUUUGGAGGAACAUGGCAUGUUGUAGUAGGAAGACAUUUUGGAUCUUUUGUUACUUAUGAAUCUAAAUGUGUCAUUUAAUUUUGGAUUAAUCAAUUUAGCUUUUUUAUAUAUAAAUUCGGUUGAAUAUAUG